CCGCCGGGCCGGGCCGCGCACGGGGGUCCCGCUCCGCCGCCGCGCCGGGGCCGCGCUGAGGGGCGGGCGGCCGCUGCUGGCCGCCGGGAGCGCCCUGAGGCUUCCACCUGGUGCCGCCUGGGGCGGGGCGGGGCGGGGCGGUGACCAGCACAUCCCGGCUCCUUCUUCCUCGGAGCAGCGGGGUGGAGAGAUAAGGGCUGGGGGAGGUCCUCUCCGCCUCCGUCGGAGGGAGCGGAGCGGAGCGGAGCGAGGGGAAAGCAUGUGAAAAUUGUGCCUAUUUCUUCAGGUCUGUGGACGCGAGUUUCACUUUGGUGUUAGAGGCAGCAUUUUUGACACACUUUGCAGAGUGGUGUGGUCCUGUCAAGCUUCUUCUGGUGUCAGUAACAGACCUUUUACCAUGAGCAAUUCCACUCCAACCACAGAUAAUGAGAAGAAAAAAAGUAAAGGAAACAGAUCGCCAUGUUCUCCUUCACGUGUGCUUCAUAUUCGUCAAAUUCCAAAUGGUGUUACUGGAACAGAAGUUGUUUCAUUAGGUCUCCCUUUUGGCAAAGUAACCAAUUUCUUGAUGCUAAGAGGAAAAGGUCAGGCAUUUUUGGAAAUGGCUUCCAUAGAUGCUGCUGUUUCUAUGGUGAACUGCUACACUCCUGCUCCUCCUCAUCUCCACAAUCAACCAGUUUAUAUUCAGUAUUCAAAUUACAAGGAACUUAGGACUGACAAUCAACAUAAUCAGGCUAGACCCCAAGCUGCAUUGCAAGGUGUGAAUGCUGUGCAGCAUGGAAACCUGGGUAUUACAAAUGCUCUUGCUGCUGAAGGUGGGGUCCUUCCAAGUCAUGGUUCUGUUCUUCGAAUCAUUGUUGAAAAUGUUUUUUACCCUGUCACUUUAGACAUGCUGUAUCAGAUUUUCUCUAAAUUUGGCUAUGUCUUGAAGAUUGUCAUGUUCCACAAGAACAAUCAAUUUCAAGCUCUGCUCCAAUAUGCUGAUGGAAUGAAUGCAUAUUAUGCCAAAAUGUCUUUAGAUGGUUAUAGUAUCUACACUGGAUGCUGCACUCUGCGUAUUGAUUUCUCCAAGUUAACUAACCUAACAGUGAAGUACAACAAUGACAAAAGUAGGGAUUUCACUCGCAUUGACCUUCCUUUUGGUGAUGGCCAACGAACCGUGGAGACAUCCUUAUCUACUCCCUUUGCCACCCAAAAUACCAUCUUUCCAUCAUAUACAGGGCCACCUGGGUUUGCCCCGCCUUUGGGCUUUCCUCAGGGAACAGGUCCUUCUGUUCCGCCUGUUCCUGGAGCACUUGGUCCUCUCACAAUCACCACAUCAGCAGCUCCUGGACACAUGGCUAUUCCUGGUAUUCCAGGAAGCUCUGUUUUACUAGUGAGCAACCUCAACCCUGAAGCCAUCACACCUUAUGGACUUUUCAUCCUAUUUGGUGUGUAUGGUGAUGUGCAUCGUGUGAAGAUCAUGUUUAAGAAAAGAGGAAUUGCUUUAGUUCAGAUGGCUGAUGCAACCCAGGCUCAAUUAGCUAUCAACUACCUGAAUGGACAGAGGCUUUAUGGAAGGGUUAUGCAUGCUACUCUUUCAAAAUAUCAGACAAUUCAACUUCCUCGAGAGGGACAAGAGGACAAAGGUCUGACAAAGGACUAUAGCAAUAGCCCUUUACAUCGCUUUAAGAAUCCCUGCUCUAAGAACUUCCAAAAUAUCUUUCCUCCAUCUGCCACCCUGCAUCUCUCCAACAUUCCGCCGUCUGUUACUGUCGAUGAUUUGAAGAACCUUUUUACAAGUAAAGGAUCUACUGUGAAAGGCUUCAAAUUUUUCCAGAAAGAUUGCAAAAUGGCUCUUAUCCAGCUGGGUUCUGUGGAGGAAGCAGUUCACGCUCUCAUUGAACUUCACAAUCAUGACUUUGGAGAAAACCAACAUCUCAGAGUUUCCUUCUCAAAAUCUUCAAUCUGAAUUUUCUGUGAAUUUUCCCUUUAAGGCAGCAUAAAGGUUUUAGAUAUAGAGACUGAGGCAGUUGUGACCAGCUCUGUCUCUUGAAAGAAAAACCUCAUUCAUACACAAAGAAUUAAGUGAUGAUUUAUUCUGAUUCUAGCUGGAAGUAUGUCAUCCAUAUAAAGAUUCUUCUGUGAAAUAGUUUUAGCAACAAUAUUUAUCAUCAAAUUUCCUACUUAAAAUUACAUGUUGAGAACAUCCUUUCAGCUUUUGUUUGAAAUUAGCCUUACAAAACAAUUUAGAGUGCUUUUACAAUGUACCAAAUGAGUAUGUUUAAUGAAAAAGUAAAUCUACUCUGUGCAGAUUGAACACUAAUUUGAAUGUGAAAUAGUACUUGGGUUUCUUGAGGAAAAGCAAACAGUAACUGUGAGUAUCAUCUAAAAAUAGUAUUUAUGUUACCAGGGUGUGUGUCCAUACUUUGGUGAAUCUUUACAAAUAACUUGUUUAUAAGAAUAAAAAGUCUGUGCUGUUCUUAUAGAUUAAAUUAUUAGAGAAAAGGCAGUGCCUUCUCUCUGUGGAAUAAAAGGUAUUUGACAAGUUUCUUCAAGAUGUGCUAUUGGAGAAUUAGUUUAACUUGACUGUGGAUUGGAAGCUUGAUUCCUAUUUCUACUAUGAAGAGAUGUGUACCUUGGAGAAAAUAAAACAAGCAAAUGGCCUUGAUUUAAAAUAUUUUUUUUACAUUUCUCUAAAUAAUGAAAUGUUUGCAGUCUUAUGGAAAAUAUUCAGGUCUAUGAUGGUUUCUCAACUUUUUAAGAAGCUAUUUUUGCUAAGGUCAUCUUUCAGGGCAAAGAAACUAAACCUCGGUUUUUUACCACUCUGAAUCUAAUACUUAAAUUACUGUGUAUUUAACUAAUUUCUUAUUAUGUGCCUUACUUAUGUGUGUAUGAAACAAUAGAUUAGUGUUGUCUGAAGUAUCUUUCAAAAAUAUUGUGGGCUUUGUGAAAAUUCUUGUCUUGCUUUUUUUGAAAAUGUUUUCUAUUACACUUCUAUAUUUUUUUCAUUAAUUAAUACUUCAAAUUCUAAUUUCUUGUGCUUUCUUAUGGAGAUUGGGUAAAGAUGGGAAUGAGGUUUCAUUUGUUGUGAAAUCACAUAGGAAUUCUUUAAAUUUACCUAGUUGCACUUCUCUGAUGGUAGUUCUUCACUGUUAAAAAGUUCACACCCAGAAAAAAUACACUACAAAAAUGAAACAAACCUAUAUAGGAAGGCCAAAAAGCAAAUCCUGUUCAUUUCCUACACUUCAUCUGACUUUUUGAGAGACACUGGCUUUAUCAGAAUAUUCUCUUCCGCAUUUCUGCAUUUCUUUUUUUUUAAUACUUUACAGUAUUAAAGUUAAGGUAGUAGAAUGCUAUCAUUCUUUCCUUUGUGAGUAUGAAAAAAUGUUUGAUACUGAACCUUGAUUCCUCUUUGGAGAAUGAGCUGAGAUGCAGUUAGGUUUUGCCAUGAGUGUACAGAUGAAUACUAAUCAGUUUUGAUCGUAUUUUAAUAAGCUGAAUUGCAUUUUAAGAACUUUUCUUUCCUAGUGUUUUCUUUCACAUAAAUUAAUUGAAAAUUGAUUUAAUUUUAUUUUACAUUUUAAAAAUCAAUUUCUAUCAAACAUGGUAUUCAUUUACUUCUAGCUAUUGCAGAAUUUGUUUCUGCUGUAAUAUUUUGCCAUUCAUAACUAUUUUUAUUCAUCUGAUUUGCAUGGCUUUAUCUUUCUAGAAGAAAGAGUAUGUUUCUGCCAUGAUCUAAGUAUUCUGUAGUGAGCUUUCUCAAAUUUUCCCUCUGAAUUAUUUUUGCAAACUCAGCCUUAUAGUAGUUUGCCAGAUACUGCCUUGAUGUACGUGAACUGAUUACAGGUGUAGUGUUAAGGAAACUUCCUUGCCUGACCAUGCAGGAGCCACUCUGGCAGUCACUCUUGGACCACCUGAGCUGGGACCACCUAUAGCUGGACCCUUCCCAGCUAUGCCCCCUCACUCACACAGUCACAGGAGGUUUCCAUCCUCAGGUUUCCCAUAGCAGUCUCAGGUGUCCCUGCCAUUAAAACAGUUUAAUCACAGUGCAGUUACAAACUAACAGCUCGAGCUGGUGUCUCUGACUAGGGACCCAGAACAAAGGAGCUCCUGGGCUUUUAUCCCCUCCCCAUUCUAAGGUGGAGGUCUGGGGCCGUGGGCUCCUGCCGUGUCUGUGUCCCAUUCCCGGGCCUUGUUGUGCCCAGGGUUGGCUCUUCACGGCCUCUUUGCCUGGGCUGCACCAGCCAGAGCUCCACCUGCAGCUCCCACUGCAGCUGCACCCCGAGCUACCUCAGUGAACGUGCUCCUCAACAGUAGCAGCCAAUCUGACUGCACAGAUGUAGCUAUAAGUGCUGUACAGCACAACUUUAUAAAUAUGCAGAAUGCACUAUGUACUGGAAAGUUCAACUGGCUUAGGAAUAACAUUCCCCUAAGGGAUGUUACCUUUUGUAUUUCACAGAAUCCCGGAAUGGUGUUGGUUGAUCUUCAUGUCUUUCUUACAGGCUUGCUGCUCAGUCUGUCCAGGUCCUUCUGUAUGCUAUCCUUUCCUUCCAAGUGUGUUGACUGCACCACAGAGCUUGGUGUUGUCAGCAAACUUGCAGAGGGUGCAGUUGAUUCCACGGUCCAUGUCACCAGCAAGGGUGUUUAACAGUUGUGGCACCAGUGCUAUUCCUUACAGAACACUGCUCAUUAUUGAUUUCCACUCGAUCACCAAGCUGUUGAUCACAAUGAAUGUGGCCAUCCAGCCAAUUCUUUUUCCAGCUGGAAGUCCUCCUAUCAUAUCCAAGAGACAAGGAAGUUUUGUGGGACAAUGUCAUGCUUUGCACAAGUCCUGAUAGAUGACAGUUGCUCUUUUCUUGUCCGCCAUUGCCAUAACUCUGUUGUAGAAGGCCGUUCAAUGUGUCAGGCAUCAUUUACCCUUAGCAAAGCUAUUUACUUCAUCUUGCUGGGAACCAAAGUGGGACUUCCAGACUUACAGUUCCCUGAGUCUUAUUUCCCUUUUUUCAAAUGUAGGCUGUAUUUUCACUUUCCAAGCAAAGCUUUAGCUUUCAGAGUUUCAUAGACUUGGGCCACUCAGAAAACCACUUCCUCCCAGGCUACAUGUUGUUACUUCCACUCUCUGUAACUUUUCUUUUAGUGUUUAAGUUCAUCCAGAAAUUCCAUGUUCAUCUAACGCAUCCUGAUUUUUUGCCUACUUUCCCCUACUUUGUUGGGAUAAUCACUCCUGACCUUGGAGAAGGUGAUUCUUGGAUACCAACCAGCUUUCCUGGGUACCUCUUUCAGGCCUUUAUCCCAUGAUACUCUACGAGGCAGAUCUCUGAGGAGGCCAAAGUCUGCUGUCCUGAAGUCCAGGGUAGUGCUUUCUGUGCACCUUCCUUGCUGUCCUAAGGAUCUCAAACUUCAUUUCUUGGUCUUUGCAGUCGAGGCUGCCCUCGAGCUUCACAUUCCCCUCCAGUCCCUCCUUGUUGGGAGAAAAAGGUCCAGCAUAGCAUCUCCUGUCCUUGGCUCCUCUGUCAAUUGAAGAGGGAAGUUAUCAUCAGUGCAUUCCAGGAAGCUUCUGGAUGGUUUAUGUGCUGCUGUGUUGACAGAUAUUAGGGUGGUUGAAGAUCCCCAUGAGGAGCAAGGUUUCUAUAUGUUAGGGUUCCUCUCUCUGUCUAUAAGGAGCGUCAUUUGUCUUCCUGGUCAGACAAUCUGUAGCAGACCCCCACUAUAAAUGCUCCUGUCCCUUGCCUGUCUUGAAUCCUGACCCAUUAACUCUCAGUCAGCUCCUCAUCCAUCCCCAGCUGAAGCUCCAUGAUCUCCAGCUGGUCAUUGACAUAGAGGACAACACUACUUCCUUGUCUACCUUUCAAGUCUUUCCUGAAGAGCUUAUAUCCUUCCAUUCCAACACUCCAUUCUUCGGAGCCAUCCCACUAUGUGUCCAUGACAUACAUGCCAGUGAGGUCAUAGGCAUCCCCACAUCUCUAACUCUUCUUGUUUUUACCCUUCUUAUGUGCUAUUGCAUAGAUGCUCUGCAGUUUGAAACCCUAAUGAAGCUGACUUACUGGCUGGAGUAGCUGGAAUUCCUUUGUGGUGUUCUGGUGCUUUUGUGAUCCCUCUUCAGGAUCUAGGAAUCUAUUGCUGGCACUGGCACCAAACUGAUAGGGGUGGGAUGGACUAAGGUUCCCUUCCCCGUGGCAUCUUUAGUUUAGAGCCCUUCUCACCACCUUGGCAAGCCUGUGGCUGAAGAUGCUCUUGUCCUCUUGUGACAGAUGGACCCCAUCAACCCUCAGUAGACCCAGUUUCUGAAAGCAAGUCCCAUGGUCAAAGUAGCCAAACCCCUGGGACACAGCCCCAGAAGCAUUUUUGAUUCACCAAAUUUGACUGGCCCUUUCAAACACCUUCCCUUUGACUGUGAGCAUUGAUGGAAAGAUUGCCUGCAGGAUCAUAAAGACUUUCAAAUUUUGAAAAAUCUGGAAGUCUACUUUCCAAAUUUUGAAAGAUCUGAAAAUUUAUAAUGUUACCUUUUUGGUUUUUUGAUACAAGUAUUGUGUAUCUUUUUUUAUUCACCUUCGAUGUUCUGUUUUUGCAACCAAAUUAUUCUUGUCAACAUACUUUUAGAUUUAUGUGUAUCUGAAAGAUGCUGCCUCCUGGGGAGAUCGCUUUUACAAGUUAUGCAGAUAAGCUUUGGAAUCUGCCAGUACAUCUUAACAUUUGCUUAGCAGCAUGAAGUCACUAGUUAAGGCUACUUUUUCCCUUUUAAUGUUCCACCUUGAAUAAUUGAAAGCACAAACAUAACACCUUAUUAUUAUUACAAUGCAUUGUUAGAAAAGAAUCAUGGCAGAAGGAAUAUUUGUUAUACUUCAUUCUUGACUCAAUAGUGCCUGGUGCAAAAGCACAGCUGCAUCUCAGUUCUUGAUGUUCUAAAGCCAGUAAUAGCAGAUCCCUUAAUAUCUGUGAAAAGAGUAGGAUUUGGGAAAGAGUGAUAUUAUUCUAAGAGUCUUACAGUGAUGUGGAUGGAAAGGAACCUCAAAAGGCUUAGUCCUACCUUUCAGUCUGAUUAUGGACAACUUUAAGCAGUUACUCAAAGAAUUGUCCAUGUGAAUUAAAAAAAAAAAUCAAAUGGAGCAUAUUUUCUGUUCCUCGCUGUUCUCUUUGGCAGUCCUCACUGUCAGUUUGCUUCCUUAAUAUAUAACUAGACUUUAAAUGUACUGCAUUCUGUAUCUUUUACCUUUUUCCCCUGUUAACUGUGUAACUGAAGAAAAUUCUGGCUUCAUCUUCUCUAUACCAUGGCCUUAAGUUGUUAAAGAUAGGUUUGUAAUUUCUUUAACAUGUAUUAGUAAUUUCUGAAGUAUCUGGUAAUGUACACGGUGUAGGUUGCUAUUUGGGCACAUGGUGUGAUUCCUUGGGACUGUCUUGUGCAGGACCAGGAGUUGGAUUUGAUGAUCCUUGUGGAUCCCUUCCACUUUUGCAUAUUCUGUGAUUCUAUGACACGGUUAUGCCUCUGUAUAUGUCAUGUCCUUGAAUCAAUUUUGAGUUACCUCCUAGACCAUUUAUUUUUGAUAGAUGCACACUUGCUUCAAAGCUUAAUAAGGCCUUUUUAGCAACCCAGGAGCAGCUAAGUGCCUUUUCAGAUGAUCCUUCAUUUAUUAUAUAAUGGUAAAACUGCUUUUUUAAUUUCUGCAGAACUCUUAAAACAUCAGAACUAAUUUCUGAAACUUUGACUCAUAAUUUGACUCGGCUGCCUUGUCUGCUGGUCCUGUAAGUUGCACUGGUUUUGUGUACUGAUAAAUUGAGGUCCUUUUUUGGGAAGAGAUUCCACACAUCUGUGGAGACUGGCUUAUUUGUGACAUUUUCUGAUUACAGACAGCAAACCUGUUUGUAUGCCAAGAAAACUAUUAGUCUUUGUGGAUAGUACUGCCAGUGAGGUCUGUCUGAUCAAUUAUCUUGCCCUCCUCUCAUUUCAGUUGGAAAGUGGUAAGUUGGGGUUUUUUGUAAGAGAUGUAGACCUACUACUUGCCACUUUAUGCUGUAGCUUAUACUUCUGUUUUUGAAAUGAGAGGCCAGCUACCUACAAAAGGAUUUGUUUUGCCUUAACCUUUGCCCCUGAUACUUUGUUAGAGCACAACUGCCAGACUUAAUCUUGGUAGUGUUAUGCUGAAACAAUACUAGUCAGAUUGCACAGAAUUUUUUCUUUAAAUUAACUUUAUAUUCUGUCUUCUGAAGUUUAGUUUGCUAUAUACAAGAUUGUUUGCUUGCUCUUUUCAAAGCAAAUCCUAACAGAAUAUAAAAUUUCUCAAGUAUUUCACUUCAGAGUUUUAUUGACUGGGGAUGUGAUAUAGGAACAAAUUGGACCAAAGUUUUUGUGCCUUCAGGAGUUUUAUAUGUAGGAUUUUUCAAAUCUGUAGGUGUCUUAAGUAUAAUAAAUACAUUUUCCCCCUCUGGAAAAUGUAUAUUGUGAAAUAUUAAUGUUGUCUACUGACUAUACAAGAAGUGAACUACAGUUGUUUCAAUACAGAUUUAAUUAUUCUACUGUCUUUCCCAUUACAGUUUUUUCUUUUGUACUGCAAUAUGCAGGAAUCCAAGCAUAACUCAUGUCAUUUCCAAUUUCAGAUAAUAAUGACAUGUUGUUCUUGGAGCAGUCCCAAAGAAAUUAAAUGCUUACAUAAUUGAAGGUCCUUGAUAAAUGAAGAAAGCUUUUACUUUAGCAGAUUAGUGUCAUCACUGUAAGCAAUUUUCCAGUUCUUGGAAACUCUGCUUUAUUUAUGAGUGGGAAGCUACUACACAUAAACUUGAUUUGAAGCACUUUCCAAAUCUUUUUGAAUAUGUUACCCACUCUCUUCAGAAGUUCGCUAUAGAACUGCAGUAGCACAAGAUAAAAGUUGCUAACCAAGCAGAUUCUUGCAUCAGAAUGUCACUUCACUCUCUCACCAAAGACUCCUGGUUUUACUGAGAUAUACAAAAAUCUGUUUUCUCUCACACUCCUUUCUGACUGAAGACCCAGUGCAAAGUGGCCUCUGUUUGAGACUAUUACUGGUGGUAGAAACAGUGGAAAAUGAAAUCGUAAUGUGAACCAAAUGAUGUGAGAGAAGCGAAGAGUUAAUAUGUUGCUUUUAGUACUGUACUCAAGUAAACAUCUCUAAGAAUUGCUGUCAUUCCUUCAUUUCACAUGAUCUGUUCAUAAAAGUUCCCUUUCAGUUUAUAAAAAUGUUCAUCUAACGCAAGAAACACAAGAAAAUACUGUAAAUAUUUGUAACAUCAUGUUUUGUUUGGUUUUUGUUUUUUUAAAUCCUGCAAAAGAGUGUUUGGGGAAACAAAUGGAAAUGUAAAAUGUUUUUAUAUAAAGAUUGUCUGUAUAUUUUAAUAAGCAAAAGCUUUCAUUUGUAAAGCAUCUUGUGGCAUUGCAUGAAAAGUAUUCCAUAUUUGUGGAGAUGACUUAAAACUGAAAAAAAGAUAUUAAGAUGUAUUAAAGAAACCUAUUUUGUGACUGUGUAGUGCAUGGUGAACUUGAUUUUGUUUGUGCUGUAAUAUAUUCUGGUUUUUUAGGUUAGUGUGUUUUCUGAUCACAUGAUAUCUAUACCUAACUCAUUUCCUAACUAUAGUUAUUGUAGCAUGUCUUUUAAUAAAUGUAAUUAUGGCUGUAA